AUGCUGCACCAGGAAAGCAGCAGGAUCAUUCUCUGUCAGAAGCAGCAGGAGGCUGCAAGCUUAUCAGAUGCGCUCAUCACUCCGGAUAAAAAGUUGCAGCAGCAGAACGGGUCGGCAGGCUCGUCGUCAAGAAGAUUAUUCGGGGUGGGCGAACCUACUCAGAAAGAUGUGAGCAGCGGCGGUGGGGAGAGUGAGGAAGUUCAGAGCAGGAAACGGCCUUGCCACGACCAAUGUUCGUACGAUGCGCCAAUAAUGGACCAGCAAGGGACCCUAGGAGGCGAGCAGACGAAGAGGCAAGCGACUAGGCGCCUUUUUGGAAGCUCGCCGAGCCCAGAGCAGAUGGACCAAUUCUUCAAGAAUGCUGAGCAGCAGGCUCGCACGGCCUUCGAACGGUGUUGGAGCAUCGAUGCCUCCAAGAUGCAACCUGUCAAGGAUGGCCGCUGGCGUUGGACGGUGGUUGCGCGGCACAUGACGGGCGUGACCGUCCGCCCUGAAGCCAUCUGA